AUGCCUUCUUCAACCGCUGAUUUGGUAAAGCUAGCUCAAACGCUUAUCCGCGAUGGACCAAAGAGAAUUGAGCCAACAUUUCGACGCAUCCGCGGCCUUUUCAACGGGAAAUACGCAUUCGAUACUACCCAGGCACGUCACGUGUGGGAACUUGACUUGCGCUAUCCACAAUACUUCAUCCCGAUUUCAAGCUUCACUUCCGACGCAAAGCUAUCGAGAGAAGCAGCAGUCGACAACACCUCCAACGCCGCUUACCUCGGCACCCUAACCGUGGGCACGCGUAGCACGCACCGCAUCCUCGUCUUCUCCUCGGGCAUCCUCAAAGACCUCGUCAAGGUAGAUUUCCCCGCUAUAGACCAAUGGUUCGAAGAAGACACGCGGAUAUACUGCCACCCCAAGGACCCCUACAAACGCAUUGAUAUUUUGUCGUCAGCCCGCAGCAUCAGAGUCGCACUCGACGGUGUGACGCUGGCUGAAACCACCAGCGCGCUGUUCCUGCUGGAAACGACGCUGAGAACGCGGUACUACGUUCCUCCUACAAGCGUUAGUUGGGAGUUUCUGGAGCCGAGUGAGACGAAGACGCUGUGUCCGUAUAAGGGGCAGGCAGAGUACUAUCACGUGCAUGUUAAUGGGAAGGUAUACAGGAAUCUGGUGUGGUAUUAUCGGUAUCCGACGAUGGAGAGCGCACCGAUUGCGGGGUAUUUGUGUUUUUAUAAUGAGGCGGUGGAUGUGUGGGUUGAUGGGGUGAAGGAGGUGCGGUAG